AGCUCAUUCUGAGUGCAAGAACAUCAAACACUAGAGCGUCGCCCAUCAGUAUGUUUUUAAUUCGCAGUUCUAUAGUUUUUGUGAUUUCGAUCAUUGCGUUAUCCAUUGCGGACAGGGGCAGUGAUAACCAAAGCAAAAAGAUAAAUAGAGAACUGAGAAAAUACAAGUUAGCUGACAUAAGUGAAGAAAUUUCCAGUUUAAGAAAUGAAGUGAGAGGGUUGAUGGAGAAAGUAUGCCUAAAACCAGCCGAGGAGAUCUUCAUUGGUAACCUGAUCCACUCAAUAACCUCAAGCUGGACCACUCGAUGUAAGUUCGCAGUCCAAGCAGGAAAAGAUGUCAACGCUGACCCAACCAUACUUCCUGGCUACGAUUUCGUUGUCGAUGAUUGCUAUAACACUAGCGGGACUUCCACUCUUACGUCAAGUAUCGAGGAUAUAGAUCGUUUUGUGGCGUACUACAAUAAGAUCAAAGAACAAGCUAUUCCCUUUAUCAUUCAUGGUAAAAGCGUGGUACCUGAUCUCAGGACUUUUUGCGCCGCUAAAGGAUGUAUCAGUGUUGCAAAUUGGGCGGCGUCCGUAGAGACAUUAGAAGCCCCGCUUUCGACAGAUAGUCUUAAUGAUGUACUCAUAAUUGGACGAACAAUAGUUAAGAUCGUCGAAAGAUAUGGCUGGAAAUAUGUUGGAUUAUUCUACCCAGAUCGUGAACAUCAAAAAGGAAAGUUUAUUGAACAACUAAAAACUAAUCUUGAAGCGAAUGGCGUAGAGGUUGAUGCAUUUGAAACAUAUGGCGUCGCAGAUAUUGACUGGGCUGCAAUAAAACAACGUGAUCUGAGGAUAUUUGUUGCUGAUGUCUCCAGAUCAGCUCAACCUAAAUUCCUCUGUGAGCUGUACAAAUACAACCUCACAGGAGAGAAGUAUAUACUAAUGCAUAAGUCAAACCCUACGCUUAAUUACUUUACCGAAGAUCAAAUGGCUAAUGCCAACUGUACAAGGGAACAGAUUGAUGAAGCGAGGGAGGGAGCCCUCCAACUUACACUGUUACCUGAAAACUACUUUGAGGGUGGCAACGUUAACCUGACCGAACCUAAACAUUAUAGAAGUGGCAAAUCAUACGUCGAUAUAUUAUCUGAUAUUGGAGAAGAGGUACCACCCAAAAAGCCAUUUGUUUUCGCAGGUGGAGCUUAUGACGCCGUGUGGGCGUUUGCCUUGGCACUGAAAGCGACGUUUCAAGAAGAGGGAGUAGUUCCCGGAGAAGCAAAUGCUUUUCUCAGAACCAUGGACGGGAUAGAGAAACUGUAUGCUAAUCUAAUGAAGGUUGACUUUGAUGGAGUCACGGGACCCUAUACUUACAAUGCAAAUGGAUUGCGUAACUAUUACGUCAACGUUGGAACAAUGAGAGGUGAUGGUGUCACUAUUAGGGGCGUUGGAAAAUACGAUGCAAAAACUGAUGUCCUUUCCCCAUUCAAUGAGUCUCUGAUUUGGCAGUUUAAAGGAGGGAAGCCGAUCUCGGAUGGACGGAAUUACACGUCGCACGAAACUGGGGACAAUUAG